CCUGCGAUCGUCUCUUUCUUCUGGUGGUUGGUCCUCAAAAGUAAAAGAAGAGCUGAAGGGUUCAACUUCUAGUGCUUGCUUGCCUGUCAUAUAAGUUCAGAUGAUGCAACAUGGCAACUCCCAGCAUUCGCAAUGGGACAAAAUAUCCACUGUGAUGCAUGGGUCGGUCCGCCCCAACAAUGACUGAGGUGCAUGGAACCUGGUGGACUGAGGAAACUCGUGGACCAUUAAUGUCUCCUCGAGCAAGCUGUCGCCUCCUUCCUCUCGACAGCUAGCUGUUCUCGGAGCACAUGGGGCGUGACUUCUUCUGGAUGCGGCACGGGCGCCUCCGAAGCACAGAUCACCGAAAGCAGGGGAGCACUUGAAACAAAAUAAAUUGCUCGUGAUGCUUGUGUUGUUGUUCGUAUUGUACAGUUUCUACAGUAAACUCGUUCAUAUUCCUCAAGAACAAAAGCUUCUCUUCCUGCGUCGAAGAAGACCUGAGGAUCAAAUUGAUUUGGAUGGCAUUUGUCCUCUCUGAAAACAAAUGCUAUUUUGUAGCACACCAAUCGAGGAAAGGGUUUCUUUUGUGGAGGAUUAAAGAUCCACAUUCUUCUCCCAAUUGCAGGAGGCAGAAAACAGAGUUGAGACAGCUUGCUUUACGAUUAAAUUACCAUCUUUUUCUUGUCACCAACGAAUCCGGCCAACAUUUUAGUAGAUCAGUCAUGGAAUUCAAUUUUUUUAUGCGUGGCUUACGUUUCGAGGUAAGCCAUCGAACACCUGCCGAGCCAGAGCUCGGACAGGUGACCUGACAGUAACUGGGGAGGGAUUUGUGGUGCAAGCGAAGACGUGAUGCCCACAUGUCAUUAGAAGACAACGACGACGGCCGCUGAUGCGUUGCUGCUGUUGGUUAUUAAUUGGCAAUCAAUCAUGGAGUCCUCCCCAUUCCAUGGAGAUUUAGACCGUCCUCCUGCUCCUCCCCCCUGUGCGGUCGAAACCCCGAGAGGAGAACCGUCGCCAACUUCUCAGAUCUGGUCUUCUUCCCUUGCCAUGAAGGCCUCCCCCGCGGUCUCCGUCUUCGGCGCCAAGGCGUCGGACUCGUCCACCCGCAGGUGGAUCUCCCCGCUCCUCUUCCUCAUGGUCAUCGCCCUCUCCUUCACCUUGCUCUACCGCACUACCACGCCGGCCGUCCUUUUUCCCCCGGCGUCCCUCCGCGUGGAGCUCGGCCCCCCAGUUGCCGUGCAGCGGCCGGUCGACUCCGCCGUCGCUUCCGACCCGUUGCCAAGCUCCUCUCCUCGUCCUGUGCAGAAUGGACCGGAAAGCCAAGAUGUCCGGCUGGAGAGGGUUCUGAGAGCAGCGGCCACCAGAGACAACACGGUAAUAUUGACCUCCUUGAAUGCAUUCUGGUCUACGCCCGGUUCAGUGCUGGAUCUCUUCCUCGAGAGUUUCCGCGUCGGCAACGGGACGAGCGAGCUCCUCAACCACCUGGUGAUCGUCGCCGUGGACGACAAGGCAUACGAGCGAUGCCUCGCCGUACACGACCACUGCUUCGACCUCAAGACCGAGGGGGUGGAUUUCUCCGGCGAGAAGGUCUUCAACACUCCGGAAUACUUGGACAUGAUGUGGGCGAGGCUGGAUUUUCUGCGCGUGGUUCUCGAGAAAGGUUACAACUUCAUCUUCUCGGAUGUGGACAUAAUGUGGUUCCGGAAUCCAUUGCCCUUCUUCUACCCAGAUGGAGAUUUCCAGAUAUCCUGUGACAACUUCUUGGGUGAUCCUACUGAUUUAAAGAACUGGCCGAACAAUGGAUUCAACUAUGUGAAGUCUAACAACCGAAGCAUCGAAUUCUACAAAUACUGGUACUCAUCGCGUGCCAGAUAUCCUGGAGUCCAUGAGCAGAAUGUGCUUAACAUCAUCAAGUAUCACCAACAUGUUAGGGAGAUAGGUGUGAGAAUAAGAUUCCUGAACACCAAGCAUUUUGGUGGGUUUUGUGAGCCAAGCAGGGAUCUCAACAAGGUCUGCACAAUGCAUGCAAACUGUUGUAUCGGCCUGCAAAGAAAGAUCAGUGACCUAAGAGCUAUGCUUGAUGACUGGAAGAAAUUUAUGUCUCUGCCACCUGACAUAAAGAUAUUGAGCCAUUACUCAUGGAGUGUACCUCAAAGUUGCAGGUUACCACCAGGCCUUGGCAGAGACAAGGAAAAGAAUCAUCACCUCUAAAAUUCUUGGUACUGUUCAUUUCCCUGUUCUUUUGAUACAUAAAUACCCCAGCAGUGCGAACUUUUGGAAUCAUAAGACUGUCAGGAAAGCAGCAGGUUAGGCUUGAAAGAAAUUGAAAGAGUCGAUAGGAACUUAGAUAUGCUUAAGAUACAUCAUUCUUCGCAUGUCGUUGCUCUGAGUCUUGCGCUGUAGUGUUGCUGUUUAUUUGCAGAAACAUACAAAUUUUUUUAUGUCAGAUGACAGGAUUUCUCGUUGUUAAUAAGAUUGAGUUUACUAUUCUUUUCUAAA